UUCCUCGAUUAGCUUUUCCAGAUAACAUAGAAAAGUUCAUUGAUAGUCGCUAGAUCAUGGCAACAAGGGAUAUUUUCGCUUGAUUUAUGGUCGGCUAUUACCCAUGAAAACAAACAUCAGUUAGGGGCCUCAGUAGAAUGUUUUAUCACUGAUGUAUAUAUACCCCUAGUCAAAUCUGGAAUUCGUUGUGACAUACAUGUAUAUUUGUUUUUAUGGAGGAACAGCGGAUAUGUACUUUUCCGGUUUCUAGAUAUGUUAUUUCCUACAUUUGGUUCUUGUAAAAUAUUUUGCAAAUAAUCACAUCUCAUUUGAUGAUGUGAAAUUACAUUUUUAUGUCUGGCAUUCGGAUUUGAUCCAAGGACAGUCUUUCUUCCACGGAUAUUCUGAUAAGCAAUGACACACAAGUUCUCAUCGGAGCAAGUCGAGGAGUAUCGGGAGGCAUUUAACUUGUUUGACAAAGAUGGGGAUGGGAGUAUCACCACGAGUGAGUUGGGGGUGGUCAUGCGGUCCCUAGGUCAGGAACCUACAGUUAAAGAACUAGAGAACAUGAUAAGAGAGAUCGACGAAGACGGAAAUGGUGCCAUAGAUUUCGAUGAAUUUUUACAUAUGAUGGCGAAGAAGCAGGCAGAAUGCACUGACCCGGAAGAAGAGUUAAGAGAGGCAUUCCAGGUGUUUGACAAGGAUGGGAACGGUUAUAUAAGCAAGGAAGAGCUCCACCAAGUGAUGAACAAUCUAGGCGAGAAGCUGACAGACGAAGAAAUAACCGAUAUGAUUCGAGAGGCAGACGCCGAUGGCGAUGGACAGGUCAACUAUCGGGAAUUUGUCAGUAUGAUGGAGAAACCCUCACAUUCCUCUAACAAUACCUGAUGUUCGUCAUCUUAUUAUCAGCGGAUUAUUGUGAUCUGUGAGAGAAACUGCGUCAUGAGAGAAAUCAUUAAUAGAAAAAAAUCAUCUGUGCUACUGAGCUUUUUUCCCUUAAUAGAAUAGCCAGACAGCACCAGGAACACCGUUUUUGAUUGAUUAAUAUGUAUGUUUAUAAUGUCAAGGACACAAGCAAUUUGUGUGUAUUUACUGUAAAUAUACAAGUAUAAGCAUUAUUAUUAUUAUUUUAAUUAUGUGUCAUAUUAAUUCAGUUGCCUAGACAUUUUUUCAUUCACGUAUU